GGUGCAUCAGCAUCACCUGAUGAGAAUGAAGAUGAAAAGGAAGAAGGAGGUUUGCGGGUGGUUACACUGCCCAUGCAAGCACACCAUGCCAUGGAGAAGAUGGAGGAGUUCGUGCAUAAGAUAUGGGAGGGACAUUGGCGAGUUAUUCCAUACCAUCUCCUCCCCGACUGGCUAAAGGACAAUGAUUACCUUCUGCAUGGGCAUCGUCCACCCAUGCCGUCCUUCCGAGCCUGUUUUGGGAGCAUCUUCAGGAUUCAUACUGAAACUGGAAACAUCUGGACACACCUGCUGGGCCUAAUUCUGUUCCUCUGCUUGGGCACACUGACAAUGCUGCGGCCCAACGUGUCGUUCAUGGCACCCGUGCAGGAGAAGGUGGUGUUUGGCGUGUUUUUCCUGGGUGCAGUGCUUUGUUUGUGCUUCUCCUGGCUUUUUCACACAGUCUACUGCCAUUCGGAGAAGGUUUCCAGAACUUUUUCCAAGUUGGAUUACUCUGGUAUCGCACUGUUGAUCAUGGGCUCAUUCGUUCCGUGGCUCUACUACUCAUUUUACUGCUCUCCUCAGCCGCGGCUCAUCUAUCUGUCUGUCGUAUGUGUUCUGGGUGUCGCUGCGAUCAUUGUGGCUCAAUGGGAUCGAUUUGCCACUCCUCGCCACCGGUCCACACGUGCAGGUGUUUUCCUGGGCCUCGGUCUGAGCGGACUUGUUCCCACAAUGCACUUUACCAUAGCUGAGGGUUUUGUGAAGGCGACGACAGUGGGUCAGAUGGGCUGGUUCUAUCUGAUGGGGGCCAUGUACAUCAGUGGAGCAGCACUGUACGCAGCACGCAUACCUGAACGUUACUUCCCUGGAAGAUGUGACAUCUGGUUUCAGUCUCAUCAGAUAUUCCAUGUUCUAGUGGUUGGAGCGGCGUUUGUUCAUUUCUAUGGGAUCUCAAACCUGCAGGAGUUUCGCUAUGGUCUGGAAGGAGGCUGCACUGACGACACUCUGCUGUAAAAAAGUAAAAAAGAAAACAAAUCACUUGAACUUUGGCCAGUGCCUGCUCACUUCACAAUGAACCUAGACCCGACACAGUGCUGAUUUCCAACUUUUUAUUAUACCUGAAGGAUUUUAACAUGUAUUGGAAUAAGAUGUUUAUUUCUUAAGACGCUUAACAUUUCUUGAUAAUUGAGGCAGUCUUGUGUUUAUAUUGUUCUUUACUAUUCCAAUACAGCACAGCAAUUAUUGUAAAUCACUGGAAUGAGUCAUAUAGUAUUACAGAGGUGGCAAUACCUCCAACACGUUUUCUUUUUGCUCUCCCUGAUCUAAUAAGUGGUUUUUCAUCAAGGACUUGAUUUACUGGUUUGUGGUUCUCUACUUUCUGAGACUUUGAGGGAAGAUGCAUAUAUACAUGCUUUGGUCUCAGUUGUCUCAAACCUGUCUGCAUGAUCAUUUAUUAACUUUUGACCUGAAAUGUUUGACCCAGGGCUUUAGCAGUGGGAUUCAGAUCCAGGCAAAUGCUGUUUUAUCUUUUGUUUGAGUGAAUCAGGGUUUCAGUCCAGGUUACUUGCCGAGAUUUUGAAAGUCAAGAUAUUUAAAAUGAGCAGAAUAAAGAUGAAACUCA